UGCUCGCAGGCCUUGAACGCGCUCAACGGCUCCUCCAAGGCUCCCUGGGGGUCAUUCGCACCCAAAGAUGUCGUGGCUUCCGGGCCUCAGCGUGACAUCCUUCAGCGGCUCCAGCGUCGGGUGGCCCGCCAUGGCUCGCGGCCGCCCACUGCCGCUCAACAGGCUUAUCUUGACUUGAUCAAGAGCAAGGACCUGUACUCCUCCGAGAACGCCAACCUGGUGCCCUAUGACUCCUCGAAGCUCGCAGUGCUUCGCGGCUCUGUUGAGCCCAGCCCUCUGCGACCUCGGCUUCCUCCCGAGGCUCGCCAGAUCCUGGGCAACAAGAGGCGAGCCAUCUACCGGUCCGCCGCGGACAUCGACCAGCUCGUGGAUGCUGGCGAGAUCCCGCAGAUUCGGCCGCGCUGGGACCUCAGCUGGCGCUUCAACGCGGCCAAGAGGAGGGACUUCAUCCGCGCGCUGCAUCGCUGCGGGCUCGUCUCCUUCAGGCGCAGCAUAGCCUACCGCGUCGGGUGCUUCUUCGUGGCCAAGAAGAACGGCGACAUCCGCCUCGUGAUUGACGGUCGGGAGCCCAGCGCCUUCCACCAGCGGCCACCCCAUGUAGAACUGGGAUCAGCUGGCGCCCUCAGCUUCCUCGACCUCUCCGACGACGCCCUGAGCUUUGAUGGCGUUGACACCGCGUCGAUCGACCUCUCCAUCAGCAGAGACCUGGCCUCGAACUUCGGCUUCGACUUCCCCGAGGAGGCGAGCUGGCACGGGCGCGCCCACGUGUGCAACGAGUCCUCGCGGUCCUUCGAGAGCGUAAGCGGGGGCUCCCGCGUCUACCCCGUCUUCUGCGGCCUGCCGAUGGGCUGGUCCUGGAGCCUCUACUUCUGCCAGCAGGUGCUCAGCAGCGCCCUGGGGGAUGCCGUGGGCCUUGAUGCAGGGCCUCGUCUCCUACGUGAAGGGCGCCCACAGCCUGCGCUGGCCCUUGGCCACCCGCUCAUCGCGCCCUGCGUCAACAAUGAGGCCUUCAUUGGCAUGACGUCUGCGGCUGCCGGUGCCGGGCUCGCCUCGGCGCUCGACGCGCUACGUGAACGGCGUCUGGCAUAUCGCGAGGUUGUGGAGCCGACCGACGUCGCCGAGACCGUCGGGAUCGUCAUCGACUUCAGUGACGGGCAGCGGGUCGUACGCCACCGCAAGGAGCGAGCCUGGCGGCUUUACCUGGCGCUGGAGUGCCUGAUCCGUCGUGGUGUGGCCUCAGGCCAUGCGAUGAGGCGCGUCGCCGGGCACGUCGUGAACCACUUCAUGCUGGCCCGCUGCGCCCUGGCCGCGCUGGGCCACGUCUGCGGCUUCAUCAUGAACUACGGGCCCCAGACUGGCCGAUUCACUCCAGCUCUCACGACCGAGCUCCGCACCAUCAAGGGGCUCGUCUUUCUGUGCGAGGUGGGCCUCGGAGCUCCAUGGAGCCGCGUGGCCUUCGCGUCGGGCUCCUCCAUGCAGGGGCAUGCCCUCCACCUGGCGGCGGUGGGCCCCAGCGAAGCCGUGCAGGCCGCUCGCUUCAAGGAGCGUUGGAGGUUCAGCGAGGUGGACUUUGGCUACGGGCACGAUGACGACUCGGAGGUCCCCAUGACAUCCGCCGACUGGUGCCCAGCGGUGUGCCAUCUCGCCGAUCACCUGGACGCGGCCCCCUUGCAUGACGGUGGUCGCAGCACUGCGGCCUGGAGGCCGCGCGCGCCCCGGGUCAGCCUUGACCGCGGGCCUGGGGCCAUCCCUCCACUUGAGGAUGCGCUCCUCGCUGCCGACCGCUGGCACAGGGUCGUCCGCGGGGCCUGGCAGUCUGACGCCGCCAUUCACGAGAAGGGGUCCGCCGUGCAGCUGCUGGGCCUGCGCUUUGUUGGGCGCGACCCCAGCUUCUACGGCAAGAAGUUGCUUUCGCUGGGGGGCACCAUGGGCGCCGUGCUCAGCUUCGAAAAGGGCCGCGCCAAGUCGUGGGCGCUACGACGGAACUGCCGCGUGGCCGCCUCCUACCAGCUCGCGCGCGAGAUCUCCUGGCGGCAGCGGUACGCUGAAUCGGCCCGCAACCCGACCGACGCGGACAGCCGCUUGGCCGACGCUGGCCUGCUCUGGCCUGGCGCCGUGCGGCGCGGAUGCGCCCGCGCCCUAGACAAGAUCGUGGAGGGCGACCGGGUGCUGCUGGAUCCGCCGCGCAGCCGGGCGGGCGCGCCGCCCCAA